ACCCCUUCAGCUUGUAUUUAUACCAGCGAACCGCCAUCGUCACAAGUUCGGAGCGAAGCGAGUUGGCAGAGGUGUGUCAGUUACCAACACAGAUUUCUGUGUAAGUUGCGUUUGUUAGGAUACCAGUGUGAACUCUCAAGAUGGGAAAAGACUAUUACAAAAUACUCAAUGUCGUUAAAGGAGCGAGUGAUGAAGACAUCAAAAAGGGUUAUCGUAAAAUGGCCCUGAAAUAUCACCCGGACAAGAAUAAGUCUCCCGGAGCUGAGGAAAAGUUUAAGGAGAUUGCCGAGGCAUAUGAAGUGCUUAGUGAUCCCAAGAAGAAAGAAAUAUACGACAAAUAUGGCGAAGAAGGUCUGAAGGGUGGUAUGAACAGCGGCGGAACGAGCAGUGGACAGGGUGGCACCUACCACUAUUCCUUCCAUGGCAACCCACACGAAACAUUCCGAAUGUUUUUCGGAGAUGAGAACCCAUUCGGAAGUUUCUUUAGUUCGGGUUUCGGAGGUCCAAGUAUGCGAGGGACAGGCUUUGGUCAUCACUUCGGUCCAGGGGGCCCAGACGACAUGGACGUCGACGACGACCCCUUUGGUCAGCAGUUUGCAUCUUUUGGACCCGGGGGACAUUUUCAACAAUACAGUUCAGGGGGCAUGCCCAAACCACGAAGACAGGACGCUGCCAUUGUCAAAGAUCUACAGGUGUCACUUGAAGAUAUCUACAGGGGCACGACAAAGCGUAUGAAAAUCACCCGGAAAGUUCUCAACCCAGAUGGACGAUCCACAAGACUAGAGGAAAAAAUUCUUACUGUGGAUAUUAAACCUGGUUGGAAGGCAGGUACAAAAAUUACCUUCCCAAAAGAGGGGGAUCAGAAACCUCAUAAUAUACCUGCAGACAUUGUUUUUGUGUUGAAAGACAAACCCCACGCUCAGUUUGUUCGGGAAGGGAGUGACAUUAGAUACAAAGCCAAAGUGUUGCUGAGGGAUGCACUUUGUGGUACUACAAUUCACGUACCAACCGUUGACGGCAGGAAAAUACCUCUUAACAUUUCUGAUGUGAUAAAACCAGGUAGUAUUAAAAAAAUCCAGGGAGAAGGACUACCUUACCCCAAACAAGCAGGAAAAAGAGGGGAUCUCAUUAUAGAGUUCUCAGUGUCCUUCCCUGAUAAACUAUCACAAAUUGCUAAGGACAAUCUGAAGCAGAUGCUACCCCGUACCUAAUGUGCAAUUUUUGCAUUUAGUCAGUGGCCAGGUGUUUCUUGCUGAGUGCCCCCAUUCUUACCGAGAGAACUGCGUACAUUGGCGCUUUUGUGGAUUGUAUCAUGUAGUCUAUUUUUAUCUCACAAGUCUGACAAGUGACUCAUCUGCACCAGAUAAGCAUCAUGGUCUACUCAGUGGAGGAAUCUCUAUAUUCAGCAUCAGGGAAAUUGCUGCUUAACAGGUCUAACAGUUCUUCAUCUCUUCAUCAAUGGGCCUGAGUUAAUCACUGUAACAUUUUGUUGAUGUAUCUUUUUUGUGGUGUAUUCUUGACUGAUUGUGUUUGUUGUUGCAUGAGAAAUUGCAGAAAAAUUGGGUGGAAAACAUUUGUGAUCUAUUAUCAUGAUUAUGAAUCAUUUCUAUUAAUUUCAGUAAUGUACAUAUUCUUUCAGUUUAAUUGUUUUAAGUGUCACAGUUUUAAUAUGUUUAAACUAAAGGGGAACUUGGCUGUCUCAAUGACAGUCCUAGCAUUUGAUUAUCUGUGGAGCAUUGUGUUCUUGUUUAAAGUUUGAAAAUGUUAUGUGGUGACUUUUGACACAUCUCCAUUAUUUGUAGGAUUAAAAUUUUUGGACAAAAUAGUUUCCACACAAUAAUACAGUUUUCUGGUAUUCUGUGAUUUAAUUAGUAAAAACUAACAUGGGUACCCUCAGAAUGAGUGGUACACAGCUUAACAAAAUAGGCACUUAAGUUGAUGUUUAAGAUUUUUGAAGGUGCUGAAUCAUUUUGAACAUGUUAAUGAUGUAAAGACUGCAUGAAGUAUUUGUGGCUUUGGUGUAUUUGUAGUAACUGUCACCAUGGUUGGGCAAAACUUCAGUGUACAUAUCAACCUGUAAAUAUCCAUGUACAUUUAUUGUAUGCAACAUGUACCAUAUAUCUGUACAGGUAUGUUAGCUUGUGUACAAAUUGUUCAUAAUUGGAUUUCUCUUGGCAUAUUGUCAAAGAGCAAGAAUAAAUGUCAUGAAAUUA